GAUAAUAAAAGCUUGAACCUUAACAAUCUUAUCUAAAUAAGAUGAUAGCUUUGCCUGAUGAGCCUUGAAGUCAAGAGAUGUUACUGAUGUGAUUGAUAUCUGAUUGAGUGCAAUAAUUAUGAUAAGCAUCUUUGACCUACUCUGAAUACGUUAAAGAUCAGUAGCACGAGUAAUUGGCUCCACUCCGGUGUUCACAAAUCUUAAUCAUCAGUAAAAUAUCGAGGGUGAAUGUUGACAAAUUAGUGAAUCAAAACUAAAUCUAUUCAGCAUUUUACAAAUUCUAGUUUAUAUGUUACGAAACGAAAAAAAUAAUUCAUCUCAAAGUAUGCAGAUUUAUAUGCUCGUAUGCGUAUUGCUUUUGGUAAUGGCAACAAGUGGGUCAACAACCCCGUCCGAAGCGCCUGACCCGCACACUUCCUCGUCCACGAGUCUUCAUGAAGUCCAGAAUCAGCUUGAACGACUGAGAGCCGAGCUUUACCUCGAGAAAAGGUUUCGCGUUGAGGUACAAAGCCUCGCUGCCGUCAACGCUGAAAGUCUACGGAGGCUUCAAAUAACAUCUCAAGUCACAGCGCGCGAGACUCGAGACAGCGUGGCGCAACUGCGGCGCGAGCAGAGAGCGCUCCAGAGUCUCAUUAUGGAGCGAACUAAUACCACUGAUGUAAAGACAAGGAUUGACAAACUCGAACAAGGUUUCAGCGAGCUGAGCAGAAGUGUUCGACUCAUGGAAGUGUCCCCGGCACUUUUGCUGUUUCAAGAAAGAAGUGGCGUAUCAGAUCAAGUCACUUUCAACCUCACUCAAGCAAUCAACUCGCUAGCUCAGAGAGUUACAGCAAAUGAAGAAUAUCAAUUGCUGCUACAAAGCUCUUUCGAAGAAGCAGAAAGCUCCUUCAAUCACAAAUUGAAACACAGAUUCCGUACGUUGAAAAAUGAUCUGGACAGCCGUAUUCGAGACUACAACGCCGCCCUAACGACUUUCGCCUCCGACAUCCGACUCUUGCGUCAAGAAAUUGAACAGAAUGUCAUCAAUAUCCAGACAAAUGUGGCUGUAGAAAGUCGUAAAGUGUCGGAUUCACUCCAUAUCUUAGAGAGCCGAGCGAACCAAACAAAGGACGAAUUUCAAGAAAGCCUUUACUACGUAGCAAAGGCUCAACAAGAGCAAUCGGCCUACCGACAAGAACUUGUAUUACAAAUCUUGGACAUCAAAGCACAAACUGAUGAACUUGCAACUUCACUUGUUCAAAUGGAUGCUCAGCUUGGCAACGUAUCUUCAAUAGUCUUGCAACUGAUGAAAGAUCAUAAGGAAAAUCAUGACGAAAUAAAACCCGAAGUGUCGUGCCCAAGUCCCUACCUGAAGUCAGAGUCGUCUUGCUUUAGCGUACUGGAGGAACCCUUGUCCUGGUCGGCAGCGCGACGAAGAUGUCAACUUCUUGCGCGGAGCCUCGGAGGUGAAGGCGACCUCGCCGUAGCCAAGCACGACACUCACCCCGUCAGGAGCUUCGUCAGGAACAAUGUGCGCGAUUUACCAGGGGAACCGUACGUGUGGGUGGGUGCCUCCUCCCCCAGUGGCGCAUCCAACUGGUCGUGGGUGGAUGAGACUCCCAUGAACCUGGACUUGUUCCCCUGGGGGCGUGGGGAACCGGACCCAAGUUCGGACCAGCCUUUCCUCUGUGUCAGGAUAUCCGGAGCGGCUCUCUUCCAUAACUGCCUCCGCAGCUCCGAGCUUUAUAGCGUAUGCCAGCUGCUUACGGUACCCAUCAUUGAUGAAAACGUUACCCUUAGAGUACUGAGUGAAAACAAUCCCGAGGACGGCCAUGAAUUGCCCGGGAUGGAUAAUGGAGAGCAGCCGUUCCACCGAAAGCAAACCCUCGUCCGUGAAGAGCACCAGGGCAACCAAGUAUUGGCUGCUGAUGACUAUUUCGAUUACGAGUGACUCAAUUGAUAAUAGUUUAAUGUUUUAAUUAUUUCUUUGGUCCGAAAUUUUUUUGGUUAUAUGAGAAUGAUAUUUUGACAUCUAUUGCUAUGGUUUCAAAUAGUUAGAAUUAGCCUUAAUCCGGUUACCAUGUAUUCAUAUCAGUCCUAACGCAUAGGAUAUUUAACAACAAACUAUAAAACCAUUGCGAAUUAUCCAACAUUUUCAACUCGUUAUAUACCAUAACUGCUGUUGUUUUAUUUUCAGAUUAGUUUCAAGUUUCUACUUAUCCGAAGGCGUUCUAAAAAGUUCUUGCUUUAUUCCCAAAUUUAAAUGUGUUUAGUAAAUUUUUUCUUUUGCACCCUUCUAAAUCUCUGUGAAGUGCUUUAAUUUUUACGGAAUAAAAAUUUUCCAUUCAAAAUCUUCAACAUUAAUAACAUUUUUUAGAAAUUCGCAUCACAAGGACUUUACAACUAAUGAAUAUUCCUAGUAUGCGCUGCAGAGAUUGCAAAUGUAGUAUCUAUUCCUGGCAAAGAUUUAGCCUGUGCCUAAAGUAAUAAAAAUCAGUUACACAACUGAUAAUACACAUAACCCACAUAACAGGAAAAUCAAAUAACCCAUUUUAAAAACGCGAUGCUAAGCGAACUAUUUCUCUGUAGAACAUUCAUUUGAAUGAGGAAUUUCCUGAACAAAAAUACGAAUGCGAGUUUAUUGAACGGCAUCUUUAUACCCGCAAGCUUACAUGAAUUGACGGUCUAACUUUUAUGCUUGAAGACUUAGAUGUUAACUGCGACCAGAAUCUAUAAGAGAAUGAAUUGCAAGAACUAAUUAAUACCCUGCUGUUGUGAGCUAUAAUAAUGAGAGACAGUUAAGCACUAACAGCGACCAAAAUAGACUUUUGUGAAGAUUAAGUGCCGUGAGCGCUGAACGCUGCGGAUGCGAACGGCCUGCUAAUUAGAGCUAACAAAACAUUAUAAAAGAAGCUUCAGCUGCACUUCAUAUCAAGAUGCACCACCAGCAAUAUCGUUAGAUCAACUAAUAAGUAGUAAAUGUGCUUCACACUAACUGGGCAUGAACUUGGUAAGAAUCGUUAGGAGUAUUUUGAAUUGAAUAUAAUUUCUUGGUAUUGUAAGUUGAAGCUAGCAGGUAACAUGUUGUCUGUGGUCGAAAAAGUUUCGGAAUGGCAACGUUGAUGGUUUUCCAAAAACUUGUAAAAUGAAGUGAGCAGUUUUAAUAAAAAAAAUAUAACUAUAUACUUAUACACUUUGUUUUGUCACUAAAUAUUAAAGGACCAAGAGUCAGAAAAUUCUUAAGCAAUGACGCGUCUGCUUCAGACCAGAUUUGGGUCGAGCGUACGACAAGAACUAACGUCUUUUGCAUGCGUAAUGACUUGAUUGUGGGCAGCUAUUUUGGGCCUAGAAUCUUACUGCCUCGCUAGCAUUAUUUUGUGAUACACUUUAAAGAAGACCGUAUGUCAAACAAAAGCUGUUAUUUUAUCUCUAUUCGAGAAACACAUGCUUUUAAAACGAAAUCUUACGUAAAGGAUAAACUUGAAAUAACUAUUAUCACA